CUUAGCUGGCCUGUCUGCUGACUGCCUCUCUGGCUAUUCUGCUUCCACAAACUUGCUCGUUUCUUUCCUUUCACGAAUGAAGCUUUGCAGUUUCAGCAGCGGGAUUAAAAGGCCCAGUGCUAAAGCAAAGGGUGUGUCACUGCCUUGAAAUCCUGAAGUCACUGUGUGCCCUCCCAUCCUAGGAGAGAAACAGACCAGGGAGGGACCCAGUUUAGCAAAUGGUGAUCUGAAAGAGGGGGAGGGAAAGCAGAGACUCACUAAAGAGAGAAGGAGGGAGGCAGCCAGAAGCAGAUCUCUAAGAGGAGGGAGACUGUGAGCUGUUUCCUUGCAGGAAACCCAACAUCUGCUAAUCAGGGUGUCUGUCUCAGAGGUGGCUGUCAGUUGGAGCAGGAAUUUUUGGUUGCUUGAGUCUCUUGGUACUUUGAUAAAUACUGAAGAUGCAGACAUUUCUCAAAGGGAAGAGAGUGGGUUAUUGGAUGAGCGAAAAAAAGAUCAAGAAACUUAAUUUUCAGGCCUUCGCUGACCUGUGCAGGAAAAGAGGAAUAGAAGUCAUACAGCUUAAUCUAGCCAAACCCAUUGAGGACCAGGGUCCUUUAGAUGUUAUCAUACAUAAACUCACAGAUGUUAUUUUGGAAGCCGAUCAAAAUGAAACAGAGUCCGUUCAGCUAGUCCAGAGAUUCCAGGACUACAUUGAAGCUCACCCAGAAACCAUCAUCCUUGACCCAGUACCUGCCAUUAGAACCUUGUUGGACCGCACCAAAUCCUAUGAACUCAUUAGGAAAAUUGAGUCCUACAUGCAGGAUGAGCGGCUUUGCUCCCCUCCCUUCAUGGAACUGAUGACAGAAGCUAGCGAUGAUACAAUAAAGCUUAUUGAAAAAAAUGGACUUGCAUUCCCAUUCAUUUGUAAAACAAGAGUAGCCCAUGGGACCAACUCACAUGAGAUGGCGAUUAUAUUUAAUCCAGAGGGUUUGCAAGCAAUUAAACCUCCCUGUGUGAUUCAAAGUUUCAUCAGCCACAAUGCUGUUCUGUACAAAGUCUUUGUGGUGGGUGAGUCGUACACUGUGGUAGAGCGACCGUCUUUGAAGAACUUUUCCCAAGGAUCAUCAGAUAGAGAAUCUAUAUUUUUUAAUAGCCAUAAUGUGUCAAAGCCGGAAUCCUCCUCUGUCCUGACAGCACUUGAUAAAGUUGAAGGUGUAUUUGAGAGACCCAGUGAUGAUGUAAUUCGUGGUAUUUCCAAGGCCCUGCGGCAGGCUCUGGGCAUCUCCCUCUUUGGUAUUGAUAUUAUAAUAAACAACAAGACCGGCCAGCAUGCCGUUAUUGAUAUUAAUGCAUUCCCAGGAUAUGAGGGAGUUCCAGAGUUUUUCAAUGACCUUCUGAACCACAUCACUACCAUCCUGCAACGGCCAGAACAAAAUGCCAACAAGCCCCAGACAGAGCAGACUGGCACCAUGCUGACAGACCGCUUGUGCUGUGCCCCUGCUGCAAGGAAAGACCCCUGGAUUGUGGAGAACGAACCUAACGGAGCUGUAAAACUACAAAGUCAGAGACUAGGCUGCAACACAGCAGUAUCUCCCAGCUUUCAGCAACACUGUGUGUCUACAUUGGCAACCAAGGCUUCCUCACAGUAAACCGAGUAAUGUGAAAUACCGUGUUGGGGGUGCAAGGAAAAUGAUUCGACAAGGACAGUCCAGUCUUGGUGAUCAAUUGUGAGAACUCACAAAUUCUUGUUGAUUUGGCAAACGCAACAAAUGGAAACAUUUAAGAUCUUUUUUUUGGGGGGGGGGGGCAUUGCAAAAAAUUUUUUUAUUUAUUAUUUUCUUUAAGAUAAGAUAUAAACACCUUGACUGCCUCAGACAGCAAUAGAAAAAAAAACAGAAGACGGUUAUAAUUCUUCCCACUAUACUUGCAAAAAUCCCCCAAAAAUAUGUUUUCACUUUUCCUCCAAUGUAAAAAAAAAACUGAAGUUGGUGAAAUUUCAUUGGUUUACUCUUUAGAAGCCAAGGGUUAAACUAUUGGCUGUGCUCCAAGUGCAAUUAAGAAAAUGUUGCUACUGUUCUUGCGUUGAGAAAGUUUAAGACUAAGAAUGUGCUUGUCAAGAAUCUGUUUUUUGUUUUUCCAAAUAAUUUGUGCACUCGGAGAAAAUGUAAUUAUUUUUAGAACAAAGAAUUUUAUUAACUAUAAAGUACUAAUUCUAAAUUACUCCCAGUAUGGACAUAUGUAUAACUACUGGUAUAUGAUUUGUAGGAUAAUUCAUGUAAUGUUAUGAUUUUUUUAUUUAAUUUGUUUUCUUGAAUUACAUUUUUGUCAUAAUACAGCUUGGCUUUGUUUAGGACAUGCAAGUACAUUGUUUAAUAAUUUAGUCUUAAUCAUCUGUCAUUCUAAAAAAAUACACUGCCCUACACAUAAAGUCUUAAACCCGUUACAAAACAACAAUAAAAUAGUGACCACUGGCAAACA